UGUUUUACGGAAUAAAAGUUUUUAGUAAUUAAAAGCUAUUAUUUUUCAAUAGAGAGACAGUUUUAUCUACAUUUUUAUCAAACAAAAUGUGUUAAUCAAUGUUUGGGUUUCGAAAACAAAUGUCACAAUUAUAUAGUUGUUUAACUCAUUCAAUGAUUAUUUACAAGUUUUAUGCAUUUUAUAAACGAUUUUAUUGUUUUAAAAAUACGAACAAAUGUAUAACAAGACUAUAAUAAUUAAUUGAUGUGUUUAUGAUGUUAGGGACUGGUAUGACAAUCCCUUCGUGGGACUUCUUCGGCAGCACAAUGGUUACGACCAGUUUUAUUCGCAUUACUCCCGACCAACAGUCCAGAGUGGGCGGCCUCUGGAACAAAAUACCAUUUGACUUUCGUAAUUGGGAAGUGCAGAUCCAGUUCAAAGUGAGCGGACACGGCAAAGACCUGUACGGCGAUGGGAUGGCCUUUUGGUACAUCAGAGACCCUCUCAGACCCGGCAACAUUUUCGGAAAUUCUGACUUUUUUGUCGGUUUGGGAAUAUUUUUGGACACUUAUGCCAAUCAGAACGGUAUCCACAGUCACGGCCACCCAUACAUCUCAGCGAUGGUGAACAACGGGACCAAUCAUUACGAUCACGACAGGGAUGGCACUCAUUCAGAAUUGGCCGGAUGUGAGUCUAAGUUCAGAGGCAUAGAUCAC